GGAACCUGCCAGCGGUUGGCAGAAGAACGAAAAGCCCUGCUUGAUCCAUGCGUUGCUCGGGGUGACCUUGUCAAAUACCCAUUAAUAGGGUUGACUUGUCGAGUGCUGCAGGAUUAAGCGUGAGCCCAAAUCAACUGUUUUGAUUGAAAUUGCCUUUUUUUAAAAAAAAAAAAAAAUAAUUCUAGACGUUUAGAUGUAGAUCAGUGCAUGACAGGUCCACAGCCACGUACCUGACCUUAGUGGCACGUCCUUCUACACCUCUUUCCCCUCACCCAGGAAAGAAUAAUAACUUUGCAUCUCCGUCAGGGUGAGAUCCAGUCAGCGGCACUUCCAGAGGACUCUGGUGGAAGGACUCAGUGGUGAGAGAGCCCCAAAGUUAAGGUUUUGAUAGAAGCGUCUCUGUGAAAGACUGGAAAAGGGUAAAGAACAUAAUGACUACUUUGGAUGAUAAACUGCUUGGUGAGAAGCUCCAGUAUUAUUACAGCAGCAGCGAGGGCGAGGAUGAAGACAGUGAGAAAGAAGAUAAAGAAGGGGAGGGCACUAUUCCUGAAGGCGUUGGGGAAGUAGAGCUCAGCAGUGAUGGCAGUGCAGUCAACACAGGUCCCAAAGGAGUCAUUAAUGACUGGCGAAGAUUUAAACAACUGGAAACUGAACAGCGGCAGGAGCAGCGCCGAGAAAUGGAACGACUCAUUAAGAAGUUAUCUAUGACGUGUAGAUCUCACUUAGACGAAGAGACUGAUAAGCAGAAGCAGAAAGAGCUGCAGGAGAAAAUCAAUGGAAAGAUGACGUUACAAGAAUAUAACAUGAUUCACAAUGAUGAGGAUGAUGAGGAAUUUUUACAGCGAUACAGGAAGCAGCGAAUGGAGGAGAUGAGGCAGCAGUUGUACAGCGGGCAGCAAUUUAAACAGGUUUUUGAGAUUACCAGUGGAGAAGCGUUUUUGGACACGGUUGAUAAAGAGCAUAAGAGCACCCUGAUCAUGAUCCACAUUUAUGAAGAUGAUAUCCCUGGCACCGAAUCCCUGAACGGCUGUAUGAUCUGCUUGGCUGCUGAGUAUCCCACAGUUAAAUUUUGCAGAGUAAAGAGCUCGCUCAUCGGUGCUAGCGCUCGCUUCACUAACAACGCUCUGCCAGCUCUGCUCAUCUAUAAGGCAGGGGAGCUCAUCGGCAAUUUUGUGCGCAUCACUGACCAGCUCGGGGAAGAUUUUUUUGCUGUAGACCUGGAGGCUUUUCUGCAGGAAUGUGGUUUGCUUCCAGAAAAAGACCUAGUGCUCCUGACUUCUAUACAUAAUCCGUCUGCAUGUUACAGUGAAGACAGUGACCUGGAGAUAGACUGAAGCACUUGCACCCAGGGCCAGUAGGUGUAGUUGUACUGUGGGAUGUUCUUGUGCUAGGGAUUGUUCUCUUUCUUCCGUAGUGUGGGUAUGUAUUCUUCCCCUUCAUGCACUUUGACUUUUGCUCAUUAAAAAUUUGUUAACAUAAGGAAUUCCUAACAUUUUCUUAAAUUAAUUCAAUAAAGUACACACUUAAAAGAAUCUUGCUUUUAUGCAAUUCAAAUAUAUUUUUCUAAACAUGAAGUCCUAACACAAUUCAAUAAGUUUAGGGAACUGUACAUUGUCAUUUCUGUUCUCCACAUCCCUUAGAUUUUUUUUUAAACAUUUUGUUCUCAGAUCAGCUGUGUAUGGUUGGUCUCUUUACAGAUUUCCUGAAACAGUGUUAUGUAAAUACCAGUUGGAUUGAGGUGUGGCCACUGCUCACUAAAACAAGAAUUAAGACUGCAAAUAAAGAAGUUUUUAA